AUGGAUCUACUCGAUGUUCCGCCUGAGGUUCUGGAACAAAUCAUACGACUCUACGUUGAUGAUGUGGGCGUCGUCAAAGCCUGGCUUCGACGCGAUGUUUGCAAAACUUUCAAGUCCUUCAUUCAAUUCGAGAUUCUAGCGAAGCAACCACUUCAGGCAUUUCAAGGUGUUUCGUUUACUCCGCUUACAAUCUAUCAGCGAGGGGAAUCUACCUACUCUCGAGGCAUGUACGACCCUUAUCGAACUCAUUUCCUUGCAAUCCGAAGUGAAAACGUCCAUAUUCGAAGUGAAUAUCUCCAAUAUCGAAUAAAACAGCUGAACGGCUGCCACCCUUUCGUCCCCUCGAGUAUACAGGCUAUUGUCAAUGAUUUCGUGGAGAGCUCAAAAGACAGGCAAAAUUACCCCAUGGAAAAAUGCAUCGAGAUUCUGUGCAGGGUAACAUCGAAUCUCCCUAUAUGGUCGCUUCUUUGGCGUUCCUGGGAUAGUAGCAGUCAUAAUCUCGAUGGCUCACGUGUUUGCAAUGUGGAUAGAAUUGCAGCAGCAGCCUCCAUUGGGGAUCUACACCUUCUCCAGAAGUUAAUUCUCGACCAUCCUUUGGACGUACAACAGGAGUCAGUUGUUCUUGGAUACCCUCUUGAAUGUGCUGUAAUCGAGGGAAAGGAGGGUUCGGUCGUCCAUCUUAUGCACAAUCUUAAAAAGACCAAAAAAACGUAUCGGGUUCGAGAUCUUCUCCACAGAGCGAUAAUUGCAGCGAUGCGUAUGAAAACCAACUCAACUCUUGAGCUGUUACUUCAUAUCGUCCAAAAGGAUCACAAGGCAUUCUGGCGCGCACGUGUGGUUGGGUGGUGGGCGAUUGCAGCCGCGGCAGGGCGUAAAGAUCAUAUCGAAACGAUUCUUAACACACUUCCAUAUGGCCAUAGCCAUGAGAAUCAACGGCGGAUGAAUGAGUCAUUCAGAUACAUCUGUAAGCGCGGAUUUGGAGACAUUGCAAAGAGAAUAAUCCAGCAAAGGCAUAUCGACAUCUCCCCUCAGCAUAGUCCCUCCCAAAGUUACUUGAUGAGCGCCAUUGAGAAUGAUCAAACAGACCUUAUACCUUUACUUGUAGCGAGAGGCGUUUCAGUGGAGAGGUUCUCGGGUCGCCGUGGCUAUAACCCAGUAGGACAAUCCCCUUUGAGGUAUGCUAUUCGAAUCCGAUCAAUUGCUCUCGUGAAGAUCCUUCUUAAACAAGGAGCCAAGACAAAUAUCGACAUCAACCAUUGGCUUCGCAAAACCGCAAGCGAGCAUCAAACAGAUGAAUCGAAGCAGGCCGAGGCCGACAUCAUAGAGCUUUUCAAAGUUGCUCGCGCAGCACAGUCCGGACGCAAAGGAACCAAGUCGACUCCCACAAAGCAACAUAAUCUAAAGCGCAAAGCAGAAAACUAG